GAAAGACGGAGGAGAGAGGAAGGUGCGAAUGUAGAGGUGAAACACGAGUUUUGUGGAGAGAGAACGAGGAGUGAGAAAGACGGAGGAGAGAGACAGGUGAGAAAUAUAGAUGUGAAAUAUGAGUUGUGCAGAGAGAGAAAGAGGAGAGAGAAAAUCGAGGAGAGAGAAACAUAAGAAGUAUCGAAAACCUGCUCUGCUCCAAGCUGAUAUAGCCCUGCUUUCGACGUUCAAGCCAAUGCUUCCGACUCCUUUAACAUAUCGCCAUUACCCCAAACCCUACCCCCCGAUCCUCCAUUAAAGCUUCUUGGCUUUCUUACUUUUUAAUUCUUUCAUCUGCCAUUUUGCAGAUCAUUUUUCUUCUUUAUUUUACGUCUCUUGAGCCGCACAGUGAACCUGAAUCACCUGAUCGACCAUUACAGAGCGAGGGUUUUUCUUCCAUAGGGUUUUCUUAGAGAAGACUAUCCUCGAUCCGAAGGUUUCGUUUCAUUUACGGCUAUAUCCGCCAUGAAUUCUCUGCAACAUUCUCUCCUUUCACUUUCCGGGCGUUCUCCCUCUGAUCUACUACGAAGCAGCUCUAACAGCUUUAAUGGCGUCCCCUUGAUAACCCUUGCUAAGGCUCGGUUCGUAACCAGGAGGUCAGCUACUGUCUCUGCAAAGAUUGGAAAGGGGAAGAAGAACGACUCUCCAUGGCCUGAUGAGAUCGAUCCCAAUGCAAAGGGUGGCUAUGUUGGCUACCUUUCAGAGUUCAAGAAAUUGACUGAGAAGCCUAAGCCAGUCACUCUGUCUUUUGAGAAGCCUUUAGUGGAUUUGAAAAAGAAGAUCAUGGACGUACGUAAGAUGGCUGAGGAAACUGGCUUGGACUUUAGUGACCAGAUCACCUCUUUGGAGAUUAAAUAUCACCAAGCACUUGAAGAUCUAUACACACAUCUGACUCCAAUAGAACGGUUGAAUAUUGCUCGACAUCCUAACCGGCCAACGUUUCUUGAUCAUGUCUUGAACAUAACUGAUAAGUGGGUGGAGCUCCAUGGAGAUCGUGCAGGUUAUGAUGACCCUGCCAUUGUUACUGGAAUCGGAAGCAUAGAUGGUAAAAGCUACAUGUUUAUUGGUCAUCAGAAAGGAAGAAAUACAAAGGAAAACAUUAAACGUAACUUUGGGAUGCCCACACCACAUGGAUACCGUAAAGCUUUGCGGAUGAUGCGUUAUGCCGAUCACCAUGGAUUUCCCAUUAUUACAUUUGUUGACACUCCAGGAGCAUAUGCAGAUCUUAAUUCGGAGGGACUUGGCCAAGGGGAGGCCAUAGCUUUUAAUUUGAGGGAAAUGUUUGGCCUUAAAGUUCCAAUGGUUUCAGUUGUUAUCGGGGAAGGUGGUUCUGGUGGUGCACUUGCGAUUUGCUGCGCUAAUAAACUAUUUAUGCUGCAGAAUUCCGUUUUCUAUGUUGCCAGCCCAGAAGCAUGUGCUGCAAUAUUGUGGAAAACUGCCAAAGCCUCUCCAAAGGCAGCUGAGAGGUUGAAGAUCACUGCUACAGAACUAUGCAAGCUGAAAAUUGCAGAUGGCAUCAUUCCUGAACCUCUUGGAGGUGCACAUGUCGAUCCAUCUGGGACCUCACAGCAGAUAAAAACUGCAGUGCUGAAGGCAAUGAAGGAGCUUGAAGAGAUGGACACCGAGACAUUGCUUCACCAUCGAAUGCUGAAAUUCCGAAGUAUUGGUGGAUUCCAAGAAGGCAUGCCAGUACCCCCAGAAAAGAAGUUCAACAUGAAGAAGAAAGAUGAACCCAUUCUUGAGGCCAUCAGCUCCUCUGAUGGCUUAACUUUGGAAGAUGAGAUUGAGAAGGUUAAACAGCAAGUUCUUAAAGGUCGUGACCCCUCAGAACCCCCCUCUUCACAACCACUGGACUUGAGUUUGAAUGAGAUGAUCGAGAAACUCAAGCGAGAGGUUGAUCAAGAGUAUGCUGAAGCCAUCAAAUUCCUGGGUCUUGAAGAGAGGCUCAAAACAAUAAGGAAGGAGGUCACGGAAGCGAGAAAUUCAUCUGGAGAGAAGCUUGUUAUGGAUUCAUCACUCAAGGAUAAGAUAGAAAAACUCUCAAGAGAACUCAAACAGGGUCUUGAAGAGGCACCCAAUUACCCUACCUUGAGUUACAAGCUUGACAUGUUGAAGGAGAUUAAGAAGGCGAAAAAGAUCUCAGACCAAAAUGAGAAGGUUGAGAAGCUGAAGCCUGAAAUGAAUAAGAAGCUUCAAGAAGCUCUGGAUAAACCUGAAGUGAAGGAGAAGUUUGAGCUUUUGAAGGAGGAAAUCAAAAGCACAGGGGUCUUGACCGUGGAAGAGCUCGAUGAGGAGUUGAAAAAGAAGUUUACGAAGUUGAAAGGGGAGAUACAAUUAGAGUUGGGUAAGGCUCUGGAGGCCAUGGGAUUGGAUGUUCAGGCUGUAAUUCCAAAAGAGGAAACUUUGAGAGCUGAGAUGAUCGAAGGACUCAAGCGAGAGGUUGAUCAAGAGUUUGAUGAAGCCAUCAAAUUCAUGGGUCUCGAAGAGAGGCUCGAAACAAUAGGGAAGGUGGUUAUGGAAGCACGAAAUUCAUCUGGAGAGAAUCUUGUUAUGGAUCCAUUGCUCAAGGAUGAGAUAGAAAAACUUUCAAGAGAAUUCAAACAGGGUCUUGAAGGGGCACCCAACUACCCAAGCUUGAGUAACAAGCUUGACAUGUUGAUGAAGGAGAUUAAGAAGGCAAAAAAGCUCUCAGACCAAAAUGAGAAGGUUGAGAAGCUGAAGCCUGAAAUAUAUAAGAAGCUUCAAGAAGCUCUGGAUAAACCUGAAGUGAAGGAGAAGAUUGAUCUUUUGAAGGAGGAAGUCAAAAGCAGAGGGGUCUCGACAGCAGAAGAGCUCGAUGAGGAGUUGAAAGAGAAGGUUAGGAAGUUGAAAGGGGAGAUACAAUUAGAGUUGGGUAAGGCUCUGGAGAUGAAUGAUCAGAUUCAGAAGGGAAUUGAAGAAGUUGUUAGCACUUCAGACUUGAAGAACAAGCUUAAGAUGCUCGAAAUGGAGGCGGCUACAUUGGGAGAAGAGGCAAAUUCUGAUUUGGAAACCAGGAUUGAAGAGGUUAAGAGGCAGAUCAAGGAGAGAUUAAUGGAGACUUUGGAUAUGACCCAGUUUGGAUUGAAGCAAGAAGAUGGCCAGGACGGUGAAGGGUUGUCAAGAGUGGAGGUCAACGUGGGUGCCAUGCAUGAUCACAACUUGGCUUAAUUGCAAAUGAUCAAUGUGGUUCUAGGGGAUGCUUAAGCUGCAUUGGUUACCCUGAAGAUCCUCAAACGACUAUUGCCACCCUUCUGGAAUCAACCAUCACUUUCGUUGCAACAAUGGCAUGAUCUGGUAGGGAAUUACUAUUGAGUAAUUUUCACAGAGGAUCUGUUCAUUUGCCUCCCUGUUUCAUAAGGGUCCUUGAAUAUAGAGUUGAAUGACCUGUUUUGCAACUCAUUGGCAGUUUGUCUUUGUACAAAUUAUAAAGUUUCCUUCUAUUCUGAUUUCUGAAUCUUGAGCAGCUUCAUAAUGGUUAGAAAUCAUAAAUAAGAGCAACUCUUAUUCGGUAUUCUUGGAACAGAAAAGAAUCUAUGAUGCAGUUCAUUUUGGG